GUGUUUUACUGAUACGCUCAACGCACGUUUAAAAUAUGCUCGUCUUCCAUUCGCAGAUGAAUAUCUUUCUUUCAAAAUGAUCGUGUGGUUCCUAUUUGCUAUGGCGGUGUUGUGGAUCAUUCAGUUUAGAUAUAGAAGGAGGAGAAUGUACAAGCUGGCUUCAGCAAUUCCAGCGCCUCGAACCGAGCUGCCCGGUAUUGGGAUUGCGGGUUCGCUGGCGGGAAAUGCGGAGGAUAUAAUGGUGACCUUACAAAAAUUAAGCUACGAAGCUAUGGAAAACGAUGGUAUUGUUAGAGGCUGGUUGAAUCACAUUCUUUACUUCCUGAUAUGUGAUCCCAUCGAUUUAGAGGUAAUAUUGAAAAACUGCCUAGAAAAAGACGAUCUGCACAGAUUUAUUCGAAAGAUAAUUGGUUACGGAGGUAUUUUCGCACCAGUUUCAAUAUGGAGAAGACGAAGAAAAAUUCUAGUUCCAGCUUUUAGCCCAAAAAUAGUUGAAAAAUUUGUAGAAGUUUUUUCAGAACAAAGCGAAGUCUUAGCACAACAACUAGCCAAUAAAACUGGAAUAGGAAAAUUUAGUAUUUUUCCUCAUUUGUCUGCUUAUACUUUGGAUUCCGUCUGUGAAACAGCGAUGGGCGUCAAAAUUGGUGCUCAGAGGAACUCUAAUUCGCCGUUCUUAACAUCGUUAAAUGAAAUUUUGGACAUUGUGUGUAAAAGAAUUUUCCACCUGUGGCUGCAACCGGACUGGCUGUUCAAAUGGUUUCCACAAUUUUCCAAGCACGAGCGAAAUAUUAAAAUAUUACACGGUUUUACGGAUGACGUGAUACAAAAGAAAAGAACGGAGUUGAAGAAAGAUAAACAAAACCAACCAGAAGCUGAUAACCAUUACAAUUUGUGUGACUAUCAAAGAAAGAGUUUGCUUGAUCUAUUGAUAUAUCUAUCUGGCGGUGAUAAGGGUUAUACCGAUGUGGAACUGCGUGAAGAAAUUCUAACUUUAUCUAUCGCUGGUACGGACACGACUGCGGUAUCUAUCGGCUACACUUUGCAAUUAAUGGCUAAGUACCCGCAAGUACAGAACAAGGUGUAUGAAGAACUAUGCGAAGUUCUGGGAGACGCAAACAAGCCAAUAGUUAAGGAAGAUUUACAUAAACUGAAAUAUUUAGAGAGAGUUGUGAAGGAGUCCUUGCGCCUCUUCCCUCCUGUGCCCUUUGUCAUUAGAAAAGUUGAGGCCGAUAUUGAGUUACCAUCUGGUCGUAUACUGCCUAGUGGUUCAGGGGUCGUAGUAUCCAUCUGGGGUUGCCACCGCAAUCCCAAGUAUUGGGGUCCGGACGCGGAGCAUUUUGAUCCCGACAGAUUUCUUCCAGAGCGGUUCAACUUGGCACACCCCUGUAGCUACAUGCCUUUCAGUACUGGUCCAAGGAAUUGCGUCGGUUACCAAUAUGCUUUAUUGUCGAUAAAGACGACGCUGUCGAGAAUUCUUCUAAAUUACAAAGUCGUCGAGGAGCCAGAGACCGGUCCGAUUCCUCACAUUAGAGUGAAACUAAACAUAAUGAUGAAGGCUGUGGAUGGGUACCAGGUGGCUUUGGAAAAGAGGAAACCAUCAAGAGUUACAUCGACUUAAGCUUAGUAAUUUCGUCCUAAAAGUAUAAUACAUUUUAUAUAAUUAUAAAGUAGUUGUAUAUUUAUUUAAUAUUUUGGGAGGAAAGAUCGUUUGAUUUGGAUGAACUGGAACUUGUGAUUUAUUAGAUUAUAGACUAUAAUGGAUAACUA